CAUGAGACAAAUAUAUUUGGAUUAUCCUUUGAUGAAUAUGAAAUCAUGAUGUGGUCUAACUUCUGUUUAGUGCGGAGGUUUAUUCAAACUUAGGAUGGUUUAACAACGUUAAUUAUGCACCAACAUUAGUUCAUAUAGCCAAAAAAUAUCGCAAUCCUUUUCGAGUUGUUUUACUGCAAAUCUGAAAUCAUGGACUCGAUAGUGGAAUCCUACCAAAGCCCUUACGCAGGGUUUCCUAUGCACCCGUUCUUAUUAAGAUAUCAGAUUGAAGAUCUACCCUCAUCACAAGGAACAGGAGCAAAUGUUGAAGAAUUGCAGGAUAAUUAUCACGAUGAUGCUAAAAGAGUGGAAAUACAAUCAGCCGAUUUCGGAACAUUGGCGUGGUGUUCUGCUAUAUGCGAACAGGUCUGCAAAGAGAGAAAUCUCCCCCAAUUCGAAAUAUUGGGACAACUAAUCACCAUGCUAAAUUGCGAUGAGAAUGUCAUCGCGGCCAACUUGGUAGAUAAGUUGGGAUUCGAGUAUGCAGAGUUUAUAACACAAGUCAUACAAAAUCGAAAGAAUUUAUUACGUCAAUGGGAAGUACAACUAGAUAUACUAAGUCAGGAUAUACUUAGAGGUAGAAUCGCCCAGGACGGUAUUGCAGAGAUGCAGGCACUUUUGCUCCGGUAUACUGGCAAAGGCAUUGAUUACCAUCGACACAACAUGUUAGCAGGACUUAAUUUGAUAAGUCCAGAUGAGCUUAUGAAGUCCAUGGAAGGGCAACAGCGCAUCAAUACUGCAUUGGGUAUACCUAUAUACAUACCUCCUAAAAAAGACCUAAACAUCGAGCGGGAGUAUCAUGAAUGCUAUGACAAAGCAGUCAUACCUCCCUUAUCUAACCCCUUUGUAGCAAAUGAAAAUGACCUGAUAAGAAUCGACUCUUUGCCUCAGUGGGCUCAAAAGGCAUUCGCAGGAAUUGAAAAACUCAAUACCAUACAGUCUAUGGUAUACAAUACAGCAUUCAAAACUUCACAAAAUAUGUUGAUAUCUGCACCUACAGGUUGUGGAAAGACCAAUGUAGCGCUUCUCUGCGCCUUGCAGAAUUUUGAAUCCUACUUUAACGGUGGAGAGAAAAAUACUAAGGUAGUUUACGUAGCUCCCAUGAAGGCACUAGCAUCGGAGGUCACAGGCAAAUUUUCAAAAUCUUUGGUAGAUCUGGGUCUCCGAGUUAGAGAAGUGACUGGAGAUACACAGGUCCCAACCUCAGAGCUGGGGAGUAUAGAUGUGCUUAUUACAACACCAGAAAAAUUAGAUGUAAUAACUCGGAAUUCGUACAGCACGGGCACGCAAUCUGAUGACUCAUUCCUCACGAAGGUUAGCUGCUUGAUCAUUGAUGAAGUUCACCUCCUUAAUGAUACCAGAGGCAUAGUUUUGGAGACAGUAGUGGCACGUAUAUUAAGGUUGAUUGAGUCUACACAGGAAACUAGAAGGAUUGUAGGAAUAUCCGCCACCCUCCCUAACUGGAAGGAUGUAGCCGAGUUUCUACGCGUGGCUCCGGAGCAUGCCUAUCAUUUCGGGCCCGAAUAUAGGCACGUGCCUUUGUCACAAGUAUUCUAUGGUGUUAAGGGCAAGGACAUUACCGGGACAAUGUAUGAGAUCUGUUUUGACCACAUUAUUCAAACACUAGAAAACGGGAAGCAAUGUAUAAUUUUUGUACAUUCCAGGAAUGAAACUUCAAUGACAGCUAACAAGUUGAUUGAAAUGAUACAGGAAUCACCGAGUCAUCAAAAACUAUUCCAGCCAAACCGAGAUAUUUACCAACGAUUCCACAAGCAGCUGAAAAAAUCUAAGCAUGAUAAUGUUGAACGGUUUGCUGAAUAUUGCAUGUCUAUACACCAUGCUGGAAUGGUGAGAAGGGAUAGAGACGUAGUCGAGAACAUGUUCAAAGAAGGCCUAAUAAAGGUACUAGUAUCAACUUCAACGUUGGCUUGGGGAGUCAACCUGCCAGCGAACUGUGUCAUAAUAAAGGGUACAUUUAUAGGGGGAUUGGGAGUGGACCGGAACAUCAAUUACCUGGAACUCACACAAAUAAUGGGAAGAGCUGGAAGGCCACAAUUCGAUACGUCAGGUACAGGUGUUCUCAUUACGGAACACAAAAAUCUGAACGAUUACAUAAAGAUGCAAACCGAACAGUUACCCAUAGAGUCCCACCUCCAUAGACAUUUGGAAAAUGCAUUAAACGCCGAAAUUGUAUUAGGCACGGUGGUAGACGAAGCUGAUGCUGUUACGUGGCUUAGGUAUACAUUCCUUUAUGUUAGGAUGCGCAAGAAUGCUCUUAAAUAUGGAAUUAAGAGUAGUAAUGAUGGGGAAAUAUUCAAUCAGCUUCAUAAAAUAGUGCGUGACGCUGCAAUUAACCUGGAUAGAUCCAAGUUGAUUAGGUACCAUGAACCUUCAGGGGAAUUUGCGUCUACUGAUUUGGGACGCAUCGCAGCGAGAUAUUAUGUCGACUAUGAAACUAUAUAUAACUUUGCUGUAUCUUUGAAUGCAGAAAUAAGCGCUCCCACACAACCAGUGGCUGACAACAAAGAUAACACAGAGCAAUCUUCUCAACCGCCGCGCCCACUGAUAACUGAUGAAUAUAUACUAGAAAGGGUGUGUGAAUGUAAAGAGUUUGAAAAUCUUAUGUAUCGCAAUGAUGAACUGGAAGAGCUAUCGGACCUCAUGCGCCAUAGCAUUUUCAAGCCUACACGAGGGUUAAACCAUAUAACGACCAAAAUAAGCUUGCUUAUAGAGGCACAUAUCAACCGAACGUAUAUCAAGUCUUCGAGCCUCAUUAGCGAUAUGAACUACAUUAUACAAAAUAUAGGCAGGCUACUGUUGGCUUACUUCGAAGUUUCCAUGUCAGAGACCGUAUGCGCUCCUCCUAUAGGUAACCUGAUAUACAAAUGGGCCUUAAUGUUUGAGCGUCAAAUAUGGGAUGUUAAAUUGCGACCAUUAAACGUCUUGUAUCAUUUCUGUAGACCAUAUCAUGCAAUGUAUGAUAGGGCCAAAAUGCAAUCCAGCAAGCUGCCAACACUAUCAGAAGGCACAGCAACAAGGCUCUCAACAUAUAAUUUAGAGUCACUAAUGGAUCUAACACACUCAGAGUUUUCGCAGUUGGUGAAAUCGAGAAGUGAGGCAUCUGCAGUUGAAAGUUUUUUAGGUUUUGUGCCAUAUCCACAGAUUAUACCUUCCUCGCGUCCAAUAACAUCGUGUAUAACCGAGGUAAACGUUAAAAUCACGCUGAAAAAUAACUGGAGCACGCGCUGGAAUGGGAAAAACGAAAUUUUUUACAUUUGGUUGUGCUCCGAAGAAUGCAUUCUGAACAAGUCCAAGGUUAUGCUGAACUGUAAUAAAACGUCCGCCACCGUAGAUAUGUUUGUGCCUCAACGUGAAGAUGAUACAUACUUUAUCCUUAAGGUAUUUUCAAGUAAAUGGUUGGGAUUGAGCUUCGAACAGCAAUUGCGUACAAAAAGGUUGGCUUAUGUGGAAGAAGGUUACACUAAACUCCUGAAGCUGUGGCCCAUGCCUACGAAGGCAUUGUGUGACAAGUUUGAUUACCAACACAAAUACUUCAACCCUCUUCAAACACAAAUGCUUUCCUAUUGUCUUUACCACGAUGACAAUUUGCUAGUAGGGGCACCUACCGGUUCGGGUAAGACUGUGGUUGCCGAACUGGCCAUGUUCAGACUGUGGCGCACUCAAGUUUGUAAAAAGGUAGUAUAUAUAGCCCCUUUAAAGGCACUAGCCUAUGAAAGACUCAAGGAUUGGAACAAAAAAUUCGGAAUGUUCAAAAAAGUAGUUGAGGUAACUGGAGAUUCAAGAACCAGUGUUAAAGAAAUUGUAAAUAGCGACGUGAUAGUCACUACGCCUGAAAAGUGGGAUGGCAUUUCAAGACACUGGAAAACGCGUAAAUAUGUCCGAUCGGUAGGCCUUAUAGUUAUAGAUGAAGUACACCUUCUUGGCGAGAGUAGAGGUGCCGUUUUAGAAGCUAUUGUAAGUAGGCUCUGUUUUAUAUCUAAAUUUACGCAAAGUAAUACGCGGUUGGUGUGCUUGUCUACUGCUUUAGCCAAUCCUGGAGAAAUUGCUGAUUGGAUCUCUGUUAGCUCGACAAAGGUAUUCAACUUCUCACCAGCUGUUAGACCAGUGAAAUGCCACCUAUAUAUAGACGGGUUUCCACUAAAAGCAUAUUGUCCAAGGAUGAAUUCUAUGAAUAGGCCAGCUUUUUCCACAAUUAUGCGUCACGACAUAUCAGCACCAGUUCUUGUAUUUGUUUCAUCAAGGAGACAAACAAGGACUACUGCCAGAGAUUUCGUAAGCCUACUGCAGGUUAAGUCAUUAAGGUGGACCAAUAUUGAUAUUUCGGCGAGGCCAUUUAUCGAUGAAAACUUGAACGUUUUUGUAGAACAUGGAAUCGGAAUACAUCAUGCCGGACUGCACGACAGCGACCGCAUACGUAUAGAGGAAAUGUACCUCAAAGGGGAAAUCAAAGUAUUGAUUGCAACCGCAACACUUGCAUGGGGAGUGAAUUUGCCGGCUAAAAUAGUUAUUGUUAAAGGUACUGAAUAUUAUGAUGGGAAGACAAAGAAAUAUGCGGACUACUCUGUGACGGAUAUCCUGCAGAUGGUGGGAAGAGCUGGCAGAAGGGUUUUUGAUAAGGAAGCAUAUGCAUAUGUAUACACGGAAUCUAGAAAAGUGGACUUCUACAAAGCUUUCAUGUUCUCACCCUUUCCGGCGGAGUCUUCGUUUCAUGAACGCCUACUAGACAGUAUGAAUUCUGAAAUAGCAUCUGGAACUAUUGCAAAUAAAGCCCAGGGACUACAAUAUCUUAAAAAUACUUUCUUCUUCAAAAGAUUGAAAAAGAAUCCGCAAUAUUACUUGAAUAUAGACCUAUUUAAUGGCUAUGAAGGGGAAUUGGCUAUCGAAGAUUUGACAAAUUGGGUAAUCUCCAAGUGCGUGGAGAAACUUAAUGAACUUGGGUGUAUAUCUACUAAAUCUACUGCCACAUCUGUAUAUAACGAUGACAACGUCUUCAUUCCUUCUAUCAUAGGAAUUCUAGCAUCACAAUAUUAUAUAUCUUGCGAAACUAUGGCCAACAUAAUGUCAUCACUGUCAGAUAACACGUACUACGACAGUGUAUCCAAGAUAUUACGAAUCAUCUCUAAUGCAAAGGAGUUUGGAGAAGUACCUUUGAGACAUAACGAGGAUGUAUACAAUAUGCAACUAUCAGCGGAUGCUGUAAUGCCCAUAGCACCUGCUGAGGCAUCCAAUCCUCAUGCAAAAACAUUCCUAUUACUACAAGCAAGGCUUUUCAAACUAAAAAUGCCAAUAUUCGACUACAACAACGACCUUAAAUCCGUCAUGGAUCAAUUGCCACGUAUAUUCCAGGCUUUCAUUGACCUUAUGGCAUGCUAUCGCAAUUUCAAGAAUAUAGAAUAUGCAAUGAUGAUAUACAAACACCUGGUCAUCCAAAGCAAUCUUUUUGACCCGAUAUUAGACUUCAACGAUCGUUCAACCAUCGAAGCUAGAGUAGUGAAUGUGCGAUCGAACUCCACGUUACCUAUGUCCAAUAUCUCCAAAAGAGAUAAGUGGUGUCGUUAUGAAAUGGGUGAUAUCAAAGAAAUUGACAUUGUUGUGACUGUAGAUAACCUAACGAAUACAAAUGACAUGUAUUAUCUAACACUCUCCAACAUCUACUCAAACGCUUUAUACGGAUUCAAGAAGAUUACUCUACCUGGGGAUUUCUCUUUCAGAAUUAAGUUGGGAGGAGCAAGAGGUCACCUAGUGAUCAGAAUUGUCUUUACGUCUUGCAGCUCAUCCACCGUUGAUCAACAAAAGGUUUUAGUAUUAUCUAAUAAUUAGA